UUACAGCAAAAUCUAUUGUCUGAGAUCAAUCAUGCAGCUGCCAGUACUUGGAUUGGUUCUUAUGACGGUUGCGACCGCUAAAAGCAGCAACUACACCGAAGUGACAAUACUGGUUGACACCACUGACCGCCAAAGCUAUAAUAAUGAAGCCCUAAAUAACAUCAAAUCUCACAGCAAUGAUAAUUCCAAUAGCAGGAAUGUAAUUGCGAACAACCACAAAAGCGAUGAAAACGAUGAACUCAGCAUGAAAAACAAUGCAAUCACUAAUUAUCACCUGCAUCACACAAACAACAAUAACAACAACAGCGCAGUUGCAUUUGACAACAGUAGCGAUUUUGACACAAUGGCCAUUAAUUCGAGAAAAUCAGCUUCUGGCAAAUACGCAACACUGCCACGCCAUCAAAGGUCAAUCGCAGCGGUGGCCAAACAGAAGGGAUUAUUACAGCAGGUGACGGAUGGUGAGCGCAUCUUGCGGCGUGGCAAACGGUAUUUGCAAUUUGCCAAAGGCUCGCGUGUCUCGUGGCGUACAACUGGCAAAAAUAAUAUUUUGAAGGUGAAUACCCUCUGGGGUUAUGGUUAUGGAUUUCGCGCCAAUUUCCCCUUUCCUGGUCCUGAGGAGUCGCGGCGUCCCUUCUUCAAGCGUGAUGUAUUACAUUCACUUGCAGAUGUCCUGGACGGACAUGGCUUGGAUGGCCGAGCUUGCAUCCUGAAGUCUUAUUGUACGGCCGCUUUAGAUGUGGACUCAAAUAUUAGCGGUGGCAUGCUUUUCAAAAUGCUGAAACUUAUUUUUACGUUGAAGGAGCACGACAAGCGCCACUUUCCCUAUCUACGCCUGGAGAAUUGUAAACAAAUAUUGCACAGUCACUGUCCAUUGAGCUUUAACAGCAUAUCACCAUACACGGACGAUGUAUGAGCAAAAUCAAAAGCAAAAAAAAAGAAAAACGAAACAUAAAAAAAGCUAUCCAAUACAUACAUACAUUUGUAAUUAAAUGGCUGUGCAUGUUUGUGCACGCUUAUUUGUA